AUGUUUAUUGAUGAAGAUUAUUCUCUUUAUGUAUCUGAUGAGCGGAGUCAUUGUGUAAUGAAAUGGAAAAAAGAUGCAAACGAAGGAAAUAUUGUUGCUGGUGGAAAUGGUGAAGGAAAUAGUCUCAAACAAUUGUCUAAUCCUCAAGGAGUGAUUGUUGAUCAUUUGGGUCAAAUCUAUGUGGCAGAUGGUAAUAAUCAUCGCAUAAUGCGUUGGUGUGAAGGAGAUGAAGAAGGUGAAAUUGUUGUUGGUGAAACUGGAAGAGGAAAUCAAUUGAAUUAUCCCAAAGGUUUAUCAUUUGAUGAUGAAGAAAAUCUUUAUGUUGUUGACUCUGAAAAUCAUCGAAUCCAAAAAUAUGAAAAAAUUUUAAAUUAA